AUGUCCUGUCACAAGCACAACUUCCACUGCUUCACUGCAGUUGGAGGAGAAGAUUCCCACAAGUCCUCUGUGCCCUUUGAGCAUCACACCCCGUGGCUACCACGGAUUCCUCAGCAUGGCAUGGUAGCCUAUCAGGAAUUAGAGCAUGGAUGCUGUCUUUGCUCUGCAUAUCAACAGGCCCAAACUCUAGAGGCUGUAGAGAACCAGCUGUUGCCUUUCUAUCACCCUUAUCAUAAUCACCCGCCGCACCAGUAUGUUCUACGGGGGCCAAGUAUGCAUGAACGGACACACUCUGCCAAAGAAUCCAAUAUUCAUCAUCGAAUACAUGAUAAAAAGAUUGUGCUGGUGAAAAACAGCGACCCUUCAUUUAGAAAGACUAUAUCUCUGCACUCUAAGGGUCUGCAUAGCUUUGGCCUGUUCUUGAAGGAGGUUUCUGAACUCAUGGAGUAUCACGUCAGGAAACUGUACACUCAGGAGGGCUUUAAGAUUGACAGCAUUCAAAGCCUUCUGCAGUGCCCUGGUGUUCUGGUUUGUGUCGGACGGGAACCCUCUCAUCCUAUGAUCAUGGAGAAUUUUGAGAAAACAUCCAGCAACAAACUUCCAAGGCUGAGUGGGAAGUCACGCACCACUGAACCCACUGAUGGGGAUGAAAGAAUCACUGCAAAGACAAACAUCACCCUCCCAAACCUGGAAGAUGUCAACAGAGGCACAAAGUACUCUGUAUCAUCUGACAAAUCUGCACCCGAUGGAAGGGACUCCCCAGAAAUUGUUAAUUCCUGCCCAGCAAGUGGCGACAGCAGAGAAGAUGACAUAGAGAAAUGGGUUCGAGUUAAUAAAGACGGGAGUUUGUCCAUGGAGAUGAAAGUGCGCUUCAGACUACCAAAUGAUAAAAUAUUACAUUGGUCUACAAAAGUAAAAAAGACAGCAGGCCAGAACAAUGAUCAGAUCAAAGGCCACAAUAAUCCUAAUCUUGCACAUAUUGGUGAUGUAAGCUGUUCAGAAUCUGAAAUCACGUCCACCGAUGAAGCUUUUUUCACUCAGCAUGUUCUUGGGCACAGAGAGAAACCACACUGUCCCUACUGCUGCAGUCAUUGUCAAGGUUAUGAGACAUGGAAAAAUGUAAUAGGGAAACAUGGUGCAAGUCGGUGUAGUCAUAGUUCUAGUUCAAGUGCAUCCUCCCAUACUGUGGUUUCAAGGAAGACAGUGAUUAAGAGGCAAACUAUGUCCAGAUCAAGUGAAGAGCAUGCAGAUCAAUUGGCACCACCUGUACGACAUGAGUCAGAGGAGGACGUGGAACAGCAGGCUGAGGAUGAUUUAGAGCCGAGGACACAGAGUUUGCUGUCAGCUUUAUCCAGCGAGUCAGCUGACUUAAAAGGAAUAACACAAGAGACAUCUGAGGAGGAGGACAACCAGAACACAGGAGAAGAAAUCGAGAGCAACUCUUCUAAAAAGACCAAUGUAACAAAUGUGUCCACUGCCAUCACUGUUUCGGAGAAUACAGGGAAGAGUUCUAGAACCAAUGCCUCAAGAGGGCAGGUUGCUGGAGAUGAAGGCAUUUGUCCAAAUAGACAUCCAGUAGUAUGCCAUACAGAUUCAGCUGAAAGUGACCUGUCCCAAACCCUGUCUGGUUCAGAAAUUAUGAAAGAAAUUUGUGAAAAUUCGUCCCCUGGAGAAUCCAGAUCUCAUGGUUCAAAAAGGAAAGCAAAUAGUGCAAUGGACGCCACAGAAGCUGUCUCUAAUAAAAGUAAUAAAGGCAGCAAAGACAGGAAAAAUGACAUGGAUAAUGGUGACUUUGAGCUGGUUCCAUCCAUCUUACCAAAUGCAUCCCCCACCGAGGUGGUAAAUGAAUGGCUGAAAACCCUACCAACAGACAGAGACCAUUAUGAGAUGGAGGAACUUCAUGAAAAUGACGAUAGUGUAAAAGAUAUUGGUGCAGCUGAGAGAGACAAUGGAGAAGAUGAUGCUGAGAAAAAUAAGUCUGAUGCUCAAAUUUUAAAAGAAGCCAAUUGUCCCAUUGAAUUCCAAAAAGAGGACUGCAAAACAAGCACAGAGGCACCAAAAGAAGAGAGCAGUUCUACUCAUAGAGGAGACGGCUCAAAAAUGUUUAACUCCAUACAAGUUAUGAAAGUACUUUUAAACCCUAAGCUUGACAGAUGCAACAGUUUACCAGAAAUCUCACCUGUGCAUGGGCGUAAGUUAAGUACAUCAGCUAAAGGUCUCUUAGAUUGCCUUGUAAAGCUGCGUUUAAUACAACAUGACCCUGAGAAUGCAAAUGAAAAGGAUGAAAGAUACCAGGAGCUUAUGAGUAUUCUUCAGUCUCUAUGGCUUUCCAACCCUGAUGAAAAGAAACAUGCCCCAAAUAUGAACAAUCAUAAUUCUCUUGAGGGGGAGCAUAAUCACACCUCUUCCUCUGGUGUGGAUGUAAACAGUGGAUCCACCGGUUCGGGGAAGAGUAGUGAUGGAGUAAAAAGCUGUAGCGAACCGAAUGUCGAUGGAUCUCAAACUCAGAACAGUUUGAUCACAAUGGAGAAAGCACACACUGAAACAAGUACCAAGUGGAAACAGGAUGCAGAAAAAGCAGAGCAGGAAGAGGAGGAUUCAGCCACAGAUGAAACAAUAACAAGCAAUGAUAGUCCAGGAGAACCUCCUGAAACACCAGCAUCCUCAAGCAAAAGUUCUGGAGAGUCAAGCGGUAAUGAUAAAAACCUCUCCAGGAAACUGUCUCAAGAUCCGGACCCUGUUUGGGUGCUAACCUUGCUAAAUAAAAUAGAAAAGCAGUUUAUGACACAUUAUUUAAGUGCAAUGAAAGAAUUGAAAUUGCGAUGGAGCCUAGAAGAUACUGAUCAGCUUGACAAGAUGAUAGAUGAACUUAAAAUAGAGGUUCAAAAUAAAAUUCAAACAAGCAUUGACAAGGAAAUAAGGAAAAUUCAAGGCAGAGUAGGGUUACCAAGACCUCCUACUGAGGCGAUAUCCAGAGUUUCAACUAAACAAACUGAAGAAAGGAGACAGAGGCUUAAGAUCAAGCUACAGUCUACGGAUUCACAGGCUGAAAAAAGUGAUUCCACAACAGGAACAUCCUACAGUGACCAGCGAGCGGACAAUAUUGAUGAAUAUUGUCCCUGUGAAACUUGUAUGGAGAAAAAUGUAAAUUCCAGACAACCUCUUUCAGUGGAAGUCAAGAGAACUGCACCUGUUGCUAUUGACUACGACCUGAAGAGGAUUCUGCUGAUGAAAACCACAGCUGAUGGGGCAGAUCCACAUGUAAAUGAUAAGGACACAAAAGUAAAAACACUUGUAGAGCAAGUUAUUGUUGGAGCAAUACGAGAAGUAGAAUCUGAAAAAUCUGUUGCUUUUUCAAACACUGAAGUCCUAAAUGAAGAAGAGUCAGAACAAGAAGAAAGAUAUGUUUUAGUGAAAGAAGCAUCAUCAGAGAAAUUGGAAGCAGACCGUGAAGGAGCAAAGAAGGACUGGUCAAAGUUGAAGAGGAAAUUGCUUCCAUCAGUGCGAAUAGUUCUUCAGGGCAAAAUGAAGCAACAGUCAACAACAGAUGCAGCAAAUAACGAAAAAGUUACUAUUAAUGAAAGUGACCAGUCAGAAGAAGAAGACAGUGAAGCCAAAAUGACUGCUGAACAAGAAACUAAAGUAUUAAUUAAGAAUAGGUCAUCAGAAGAGGCUGACCACGGUGAGGCUGUGGAUAAACACCCAGCAUUUGAGGUUAGUGUAGCACAAAUGACUGAUGUCAAGUCCAACAAAGAAAAGGAGGUUGAAAUAGACAAGGAGAGUCUCUCAGAGAUUACAUCUAAUGCGGCGUUAUCAGAAGAUGAAAAAGCAGCCAUAGAAACAUCCUCAAUAACCACAAGUGGACAUGAAUGUGAGAAAGAUAAGACUGUGGUAACCUUAACAGAGCAGAAAUCUGACACGGAAGAAGCAAGCGAGGGUACUGGUACCACCAGUGACCAUGACUCUGUGGGGGAGUCAGGUGGUACCAGUGAUGGAAAUGAAACUGAGGAUGAAGAAGAGGCAACAUUUGAUGAUCUGUCAAGUAUACAGGAGGAAGAAGAAACUGAGGAUGAGCUUUCCGUUAAAAGAGAAGCAGAAUUGAAAAAAAGCCAAAUCCCUGCCGCACUGUAUGAGAACAGAAAAGAGAAAGGUGAGGCAAAACCAGAGGUUCAAACAUCUGAAAGAGAAGAGGUUAAGGAAAAGAGCAUUGUCAGUGGAGAACAUACAAUUUCUCCUGUCAAUUCAGGCGAUUCCCCAGAUGAGAAUGAAGCAGCUGAGUCAGAGUCUGAUGAAGAAGACACAACAGAAAAUGAAGUGCCUGCUGCACAGGUUUACAGGGGUUCUUUAACUAAAAGUGGAGAUAAAACUAAGGAAACUAAGAGAGCUGCAAGCAAACAUAAAUCUGAAAAAGGUGCAGAAGGGGAAGAAGGAACAGGCACAGAUGAAGAGAAUCUUCCUGCCGUUAGUGCAAAUGAAUCAGAUGGAAACAGGGAUUCAUCAACAGAGGAUGAAACAUCAGAAGAACAGAAUAAAGGAACAACCACUGGGGAUGAGAAUAUCUCAGAGGAAGAGACAGCUCUUAGACAAAAUGGAAAAUCAAAGGAUCAGAUUGCAAAAGAUGAAACUGCAGCAGAGGGGACAGAAAAUGAAGUUAGUGAAGACGAAAGAACAAUUGAUGACGGAGAACAAACUGGCACUGCUGGUGAAAGUGAUUCUGCCGAAGACGUAAAUGACAUUACCACAGAUGAUGAUGAUGAUGACGAUGAUGAUGAAAGUGCAGAGGAGAAUGAUGGCAUUUGUGGUGAACUCUCAAUUAAACAGCCUGAAAAUGAAAACAAAAAAUACAAGCAGGCUGGGGAUGAAGCAACAGUGACUGCAACAAGUGAACAACAAUCUGAAAAAAUUGACAAUGCAGAAGAGGAAGAGGCUUUCAGUUGUGAAGAAGAGUCUUUCAAAGUAAAAAAUAGACUUGCUUUGGCUCUUACAAGUGAAACAGCAAAUGACAGUGAAGAAAACAAGAUUGAUACAGAUGCGACACAUGAAUCUGAUAAGGAUGCAGUGGGAGGAGCCACAGGUAAACAGGAAUCUGAAACAGAAGAUGAACCUAAUAAGGAGAAAGAAGAUAGGUUAAAAGAAGAGAAUACCAUGGAUGGUACUGAUACUGAGGAGGAAGAUACAGGUCAAAGCAAGAGUGAUUCUGCAGAUGCCCUUUCAAAUGAUGAAACUUCAGCUACAGAGACAAAACACAAAAUCAACAAAGCCUAUAACGCUUUGAAUGAAAAAGAGCCAGAAAAAAGAAGAGAUGGUGAUAAUCAUGAUGUUUCUGGAGAUACUGACCAAGGAUCUACAACUGAAAGCAGCUCCAAGGCUGUGACUGAAAAUGAAUCAGAGGAGGAAGGUAGCAUAUCAGCCACAGAUGAUGAAAAUUCUGACAACAAUUUAGGAGAAGAUACAGAUGAAACAGCAGGUCAAGAAGACACAUCCACAGUUAAAGGUUAUGAUGAUUUGGGAGACAAGAAUUUAGAGGCCAAGUGUAACGAUGAGAUUUUAGAUGAGACUUCACAAGAAUACACUGAUGAAAAAGAGUCUUUAGGUCAUGUUGAACCUGUUGAACAAUUGUUAUUGGCCAAAGGACUUUUGUCAUCAAGAAAAAUGGAAGACAGCACUGCGGAAAACCAAAGCAUAAAGGAUGACACAUCAAAUGUUGGAACAUGUCCUGAGGAAUCUGAAUCAUUUGCAAAUGAAAGUGAAUCUGAGUCCAAGCAGGAACAUUUCUCAGAGGCUAUCUCUAAAGCACAUGAAGAUAAUAAAACCACAGUUGAAGAUUCAAGCAAAAUUGAAAAAUUUGGCAGCAAGGGCAUAGAAACUAAUAAUGGAGAAAAAUCCAGAUCUAAGGAUGAAGAAGAUGCUUUAGAUAAAGCUUAUAGUGAAGAAGCUACAGAUGAAGAAGAAGAUGGAUCUGUAGAAGAAAAGGAACCAAAAUGUAUUGAGUCUGAAGAGAAGAAGAGCAGCACCCUUAAUAGAAAGACUGACCAAAAAAGCAUUAAGGAUUAUGAAAAGGAAGAUGAAGAUACUGACACACCUCAUGAAGGCUGGAAUGGAAGCUUAGGAGACUCAGCUGAUGGCGAAGACGAGGCUGAGGAAGACUCAGAACCUGAAGAAGACCUUAUCGAUAGAAAGAAGCCUUUUGUUGCGGACAAGCUGGAGAACCUAGACACAACUAAGAAAGAUGCCAAGAAAACUUUACUUGAUCCGCUAGAGGCUUUAAUGAAAGAGAGAGCUGAAUCGGAGGAUGGUGCAUAUGCUGAUAUUGAGGAUUCUGAGACUGAAAUUCACGACCAGGGUGAUGUCCCUAGCAUUGAAUCAAAGUUUUGA